AUGAAUUGGAACAAAUUUUUUACUGGUACACCAGAUCAUGGGGAUCACGGAAAUGUAGAUGAAACGGAAACGGAGGAUGAUGAAGACAUUACUGACAGUAACGGAACCGUUUCAACAGAUAAAAAAUCACAUUUUCUGGGAAUAUCUUUCUAUAAAUUUUCGCAUAAUAAUUUAUCACAUCGAUGCAUUAAACUAAUAUUUUUAAUGAUCAAUACUGCGACGUUUCUUGCAGGCAUCAUUGGCAUUGUAACUUCGAUAUGGAUCCUCACUGACAAUAGAAUAAUGUCGAGAUUAAUUGAUCAACGCUUUUUUAUUACAUCUCUAUUAUUUGUCAGUAUAAUUGCUUCACUAGUAUCGUUACUGGGAAUUCUUGGUUUACUCCGAAAAAAGAGAAAAUUCUUAAAUAUUUAUGCAUUGUGUUACUUGUUAUUUCUCUGCAUCAUAUAUAUCUGUGCUAUAAUGAGUUUCUGGAUCUUCGAAGAAAUCAUAAAGAAAAUUCAAAACGACAUGAGCGCCUCCAUUGAAGGAUAUUAUUCUUCAUCUUUGAGCAGAGAAGCUUGGGAUAAUACUCAUAUUUAUCUGAAAUGCUGUGGAAUAAAAUCCGCAAAUGACUGGGCGAAAUAUCACGUUGACAUUCCAAGAAGUUGUUGCUCAAAAUCCAUCGAAGAAUGUCUACAAAUGACAGAAGCUGUAGCUUACAAAGCAGGAUGCCUGAAGAACGCUGUACUACUAAUGAAGUCUUAUAUGCACACGAUGAGUUUGUCCGUGCUGUCGAUCUUUGUAAUAAUAUUAGCCAGUUUUCUUUUGGUACUCUGCAUACUUGCCAGAAUGAAGAGACAGUGA